CGAUAGAGUAGACACAUGUUCUGGGGAUUUGAGCGACCCCAUCGGCAUUGUAGUACCUCUUUUCCUUAGAUUGUACGCUAAAAAUUUAUGUUGAAGGGGUUAUGAGCACUUGUUUUGGUGCGAGUUGUUGAUAUUUUGUGAGAAACAAUAAAAAAUUGUCAGACAUUUGUUAUUAACGUCAAAUAAUUUAGCCCCUCGAGUUCGAUAAACUAUAAAAAAUGUCGGAUCUUUGUGAAGACAUCGAAAAUGAUGAGGAAUUAUUGGAGCAUAAUUUCAGCAAGCAAUGCUGUGAAAUUUUGGAACAAUACCCCGAAAUCUUGGAGUUCAUCUCAAAAUUACAGGAGCACGUGAAGAAACAGCGGAAGAAGAUAUGCAAAUUGAAAAAUAAAUUGAUAUUCCAGAAAAAAAGUGAAGAGAAUACUCUGGCGAUGAGCCAUGAGGAAAAAACAACUCAAACUGAGGGUCCAGAAUCUUCUGCGUCGUCAAAUCAUUGGGAAAUAAAUUCUGAACAAUCCGGAAGUAUUACAGAUCAGGUGAAACAAGUAGCUGAAUCAGCUCUUCAGCAAUCUGGUUUUGUUUAUGAAGAAACAUCUGGAUUGUACUAUGAUUACACUUCAGGGUACUACUACGAUGCUAGCCAAGGACUUUAUUACGAUGGAAACUCAGGGACUUAUUAUUACUACGACGAGAGCACAAAAUCCUACAAAUUUCACAGUCAACCAACGACAGUUGACAAAUGUGAAAAAAGAAGAGCCAAAGUGGCAAAUAAGGAUGAGGCUAAAAGACUGAAAAAAUGUACAACUGACACUGAUGAUGAUCAAGAGGCACCGGAGGAGGGUGAAUGCUCGGAUAGUGAUAACAACGCAAGUGGAAAAGAGACUAGCAGUAGUGAUGAUGAGAAUGAUGAGCAAGAAUUGGCCAAGACGUAUCCACCAUGCAUGAGGAUAAUUGUCAAGGAGACAAAUCUCCAGAAAUUAAAGGCUGGAUCACUUUUCAUUGUGGCGUAUACUGGAGGUUCACUGGGACGUGAGGGAGACCAUUCCGUACUCAUUCCUGAUAUUAAUAUUAGCAAGCACCACGCAAAAUUCCAAUACGAUGAAUCGAAGAAGCACUACGAGAUCGUCGAUUUGGGCUCGAGGAAUGGAACAAUUCUGGAUGGAAAGAGGCUGUCUGUCGCCAAACAGGAGUCAGAGCCCUUCAAAAUAUCUCACGGAUCGAUGAUUCGAGUGGGGGAGACAAAACUUUUGUGUCACAUUCAUUGUGGGUAUGAGACCUGUGGACACUGUGAGCCUGGAUUGAUUCAGCAGAGUGGAAAUUCUGAGGGCUACGUCAUCCCCAAGAAAACACAGCACAGAUCUGAGCUGAAGAGGUUGAAAAACAAAUUUGGAGUUGACAAAGAUAAUACAAAUACUGCGAGUUUAGUGGCCAGUGGAUACAAAGACAGGGCACAGGCCAGGAGAGUAUGUGUGGGAUCUUCUGAUCAUCACGUGAAGACACAACAGAGUUCUGUCGAGACAUCAAUAGCCAAGGACAAUAAAGGCUUCAAACUCUUAUCGAAAAUGGGCUGGAGUGAGGGCCAAUCACUGGGCAAGGACGGUGAUGGGAGGACAGAGCCAAUGAGACGAACAAGAACGAAAAACCGAAUGGAUAAUCCAAAAGGUACCAUUAUCCCCUGACCACCGCAGUAUCAAAAAAUUUGUUGCCUCCAGUCGCUAAUCUAUUUCGUCUCGUGGGUUAAAACGAGUCUGACAUUUCAAGAGGUGGAGGAGAGGAAGGGAAGAGAGCAUUCGUAUGAUAACGAGUCCCACAAGUCCCUGCACACCAACGAGACUGAAAAAAAAAGCUAAAAAUGAGACAAAUAAAAAUAUCAUAAAAACAGGAGAAAAAAAAAAGAGGAGAGAAGAGAAGAGUCGACGACAUGGCCAGUGGGUUUUCGAGAGUUGGUGGAAGGGUAGUCGUCUAAUUAAUGCAAAUCUACCAAAGUCCAAAUGAUUAUUUUUCUCCCGUCUAGACGCAUCCAAGUCCCAUUG